AUGCUUUUCACCAAAAUUGCUCUUUUCUCAUGCUUGUUGGUUUUGUCCAGUUAUGCUGAUUUUUCUCCAUUGAAACACAAAACAUGCGGUUAGUUUCAGGUUUCAGAAAAAUUCACUCUGAACAUUUUUGCAGACCAUAAAGGAACAAUCUUGAGCGUAACUGCUGAAAAUUUCGAAGCUCUUAAAGAAGGCACAAAAACAGUUGCCAAAUUCAAGGUUGGACAAAAACCAAAGAUCAGAAUUGAAUUCACUGCUCACUCAAACUCUGAAACCAUGAAGAAUCAAAUCAAGGCUAAAGUCGAGGAUAAUCUGUUGGAUUUCCCACAACCAGGAAGAAAUGCCUGCAAAUUCGGUAAGCUUCUGAAACAUUUUGAACUUUUUUCCUAAUUUCUGAAUUUUGUAGGUGUCCAAUGCCCAGUUGUUGCUGGUCAAACACAAACUUUUGAACAAGAAAUUGAAAUCCAAGACAAUCAAAAGGGAUACAACAAUAUUCCAGUAAGAUGGGAAAUUGUCAACGAAAAAGGAGAAUCUGAAGUUUGCAUCAUUUUCUUGGCUAAAGUUGUUUAG